UUCUGCAAACUUGAUCAACUUCAAAAAGGAAAGUAAAAAUAGAUAUAUGAGUGUGACUCCGAGUCAUAAAUAUCAUGAGGCCAAGUUUACCCAUGAUUUUAGAAUCACUCAAGUGAUUGGAAAGGACUUUAUGUCUAGUACUCAGAGGAGGACUAAGCCUGAACUCUCAGUUAAUAACCUCACUGAACCUUCAAAAUAUAAUAACACCAUAAUUGAAGAAGUCAAGGAUGAGUAUAAUGACAGCAAGUUGGGCUUUAAUAAAACUGAUUUUGAAGCAAAAGAGCCCAAAUUUGACCUUGACAUUGAAGCUAUGAUUAUCGUUGAGGAUAAAAUUUGAUCCUUGGCAAAUAACAUUGCUAGUGAUUAUUAUGAAGUCACUCGAGAAGUGUACAAGCGGAUUAGUGAGCAGUUCGAGUCACUUGCUGGAGAGCUUAAGCACAUCAAAACUAUCAAGUUGACUUUAUUGCUAGAAUACAUAGUGGUGGUGAUAAUCUCAGUGUUUUCAAAUGACUCGAAGUUUCACAGAGCGACUCAGUUACAGUUUAAAAAUCUGAAUUAUUACAUCCACCAGAAUAUUUUACUCCUGAUAGAUGUUAUUAUUGAACGGUUGCCUGUCUGUGAAGAGAAAAUUGAGUGGAUAAACAAUCUAAAAUCCAUAAUUGGUAAUAAGCUAUCCCAGAUGGCUGUGAAGUCUUUUGGUCUGAACAAGAAGCAACAGUCAAAAUUAGAAAUAAUUCGACAAAAUUGUGAAUCAAUUGUGCCAAUAGUUAAAAAUGUUUUAUCAAAAAGGCCAAGUAAUGCACCUGUUAAGAAAGGGAAGCGAAAUCUUCAACAGACUAUUUCAUAUAUUCUGAAGACAAUAGAUACCCAUUCUUUUAUGAAAUGAAGGGAUAUGCUGAAUAAAGCUUAUAUCAACCAUACCAGGAAACCAAAAGGAUUAAAGAGGCAAGGUCAGUUACCUCCUCUUUAUAUGGUUGGAGGGACUGCAUUACAACCUUUGAAGGGUCUACCAAAAGUCAAAGUUCCAUAUUUGCCUAAAAAUACAAGCGGAAAAGACUACACACUUGUUCUUGAUUUAGAUGAAACUUUAGUCCAUUAUUACGAAGUCAACGGCAAAGGUAAAUACAAUAUAAGACCUAAUUGUAAGAAGUUCUUGAAGGAAAUGUCAGAAAUUUAUGAGGUGGUUGUAUUCACUGCUGCCAUGCAGGAUUAUGCUGACUGGGUGCUAAACGCCAUAGAUCCAUAUAAAUACAUCUCUCAUCGGAUGUACAGACAACAUGCCUCUCCACAUGGGAUGGUCUUCGUCAAAGACAUCUCAAAAGUUGGUAGAGAUCUGAGUAAGACUAUAAUUGUUGAUAAUGUCGCUGAAAAUUUCCAGCUCCAGCCUGACAAUGGAAUCUUCAUCAAAAGUUGGUUUGAAGAUAAGAAAGAUACCGCUCUUUCUGAACUAGCUCCACUUCUCAAAGAGAUAGUGGAUAAAAAGUGAGAAGAUGUCAGGGAAGCACUCCGGACAUUUAGGGAUCAAAUGGCUGAACAGAUUGCUAAAGGAGUCAAGAAUCCUAAAUUAUGCCUUGAUUAG